AAUGUUGACGUAAAUAGGAAAUAACGGCGACGUAUACAGGAAAUGUUGACGUAAAUAGGAAAUAACGGCGACGUAUAUAGGAAAUGAUGACGUAAAUGAGAAAUGACGACGCAAAUAGGAAACGCUGGCGAUGCAAAUAGGAAGCGCUGACGACGUAAGUAGGAAACAAUGACAUCAAUGCAAAGUGAACAAUGAUGUAAAUAGGAAACGACGACACGGAUCGGAAACGACAGCGAUGUAGGUAGAACCCUAUGAGGACAACACGACGGUGUAGGUCCAGAAGGACGACGCCAACCUACGGAACUGCCCCAUAGACUCGACGUGGGGCGCGCCGUGCCGCCCCAUAACCGCGGCUCCCACUGCUCUCCCCAUAGGUCUGCCCUUCUCCUACGAUGGACAGGCUGCUCGUCUGCCUGCUGGUUGUCAGCGUAGCGGUGAAGGCCAUGCUGUGCCCCAAGCGCUGCAUGUGUCAGAACCUCUCCCCGUCCUUCACCAUCCUCUGCACCAAAACGGGGCUCCUCUUCGUGCCCCCCAGCAUCGACCGGAGGACGGCGGAGCUGCGGCUGAUGGACAACUUCAUCACCACGCUGCGCCGGAAGGAUUUCGCCAACAUGACCAACCUCAUCCACCUGACGCUGUCGAGGAACACCAUCAGUCAGAUCAUGCCUUACGCCUUCUUCGAUCUUAAGGGCCUCCACGCGUUGCACCUGGACAGCAACCGGCUGACAUACAUCAACGAGGACCAUUUUAAAGGGUUAAUUAACCUCCGCCAUUUGAUCCUGAGCAACAACCAGCUGAGCUACAUCUCCCCGGGAUCGCUGGACGACUUCAUCGAGACCAUCGAGGACCUGGAUCUGUCCUACAACAACCUGGUCAACGUCCCGUGGGAAACGGUCGCCAAGCUCUCCAACGUCAACACGGUCAGCUUGGACCACAACCUCAUCGAGUUCGUCCCGGAGGGGAUCUUCUCCAACCUGCACAAGUUGGCCCGCUUGGACAUGACCUCCAACAAGCUGAAGAAGAUCCCUCCGGAUCCGCUCUUUUCCAGGAUUCCCGUCUACGCCAAAUCCAAAGGGUCCCCGCUGACGUCUCUGGUGCUGAGUUUCGGGGGGAACCCGCUGCACUGUAACUGCGAGUUGGUGUGGUUGAGGCGUCUCACCAGGGAGGACGAUUUGGAGACCUGUGCUUCGCCGCCGGAGUUGAUGGGGAAGUACUUCUGGUCCAUCAAGGAGGAGGAAUUCGUCUGCGAGCCCCCCAUGAUCACGCACCGCACCCCGAAAGUGGCGGUGAGCGAGGGGCAGAGCGUCUCCUUGAAGUGCAAAGCCGUGGGCGACCCCGACCCCUACGUCCGCUGGAUCGCGCCCGACGGGAAACUGGUUUCCAACACCUCCAGGACGACGUCGUACGAGAACGGGACGUUGGAUAUCGUGGGGACUUCUAUGGGCGAUAAGGGGACGUUCACCUGCAUCGCAUCCAACGCGGCCGGAGAGUCGACGGCGCCGGUGGAGCUGGUGGUGACGCCGUACCCCAACUUGGCCAACAGCACCAACUGCGAGAAGGAGGCGGAGAACGGCCCUUCUGAUAUCCUCAUCUCGGCCAAAUCCAGCUUUCCCAACGAGACGAAAGGGCCCCAGGAGAAGGCGGUGGUGGUGGGGGAGCUGACGUCGUCCUCGGCCCUCAUCCAGUGGCCGUCCCAGCUGCACCUCCCCGGGAUCCGCAUGUUCCAGAUCCAGUACAACAGCUCCUCCGAUGAGAUCCUCGUGUACAGGAUGAUCCCAGCUGCUAGUAAAUCCUUCUUCUUGACUGAUCUGGUUGCAGGACGUGAGUACGACCUCUGCGUCCUGGCCGUGUACGACGACGGGCCGACGUCUCUGACCGCAACCAGAGUGAUCGGCUGCGUGCAGUUCACCACCCAGGAGGAGUACAAGCAGUGCCGCUCCCUCCACGCGCAGUUCCUCGGCGGCACCAUGAUCAUCAUCAUCGGGGGCAUCAUCGUGGCGUCGGUGCUCGUCUUCAUCUUCAUCCUCCUGAUGAAGUACAAGGUGUACAACAACCACCACAAGAACAAAGCGGCCAAAGUCAGCAACGUCUGCUCGCAGACCAACGGGAGCCAGAGCAGCUCCAUGGCACGUUCCACCUCCAAGCUGGCCGAGGGCUCGCACCCGGAGUGCUCGGCGUCCUCCGGCAAAGGGAAAGCCACCACGGACUCAGACAGCGACAAAGUGACUCCUCCAACCCACACCACGUCGUUAACGACCGACGCGUUAUCCUAACGGCCACGGGGCGCACGAGGACGGCGGUGGUGCUGCUUUGGGGACAUUUUGAUGCGAGUGGUUGUAUUUUAAGCCUCACUACUAUUGUCUAUUUUUAAGAUCAGAUGGUUUCAAAGAUAUUUUUUUAAUCUGUAAACGGUUCUCGCAUUCUUACCUAUUUUCUUUCGAUGAUAUUAAAAGAUGAGUGUGUGAUUUA